AUGGCUGCGGACGCGUCAGCCUACGGCAUUGGAGCCGUUAUUUCUCAUGUACUACCAGACGGGGCUGAGAGACCAAUCUGUUUUGCUUCACGCACGCUAACGACAAGCGAACAAAACUAUGCUCAACUCGAGAAAGAAGCACUGGCAUUGGUAUUUGGUACCAAGAAGUUUCACCAGUAUUUGUAUGGCAGGAAAUUCACGUUAAUCACUGAUCACAAACCUCUGACAGCUAUAUUUGGCCCAAAGAAAGGAAUACCGUCCCUAGCAGCUGCUCGUCUCCAACGUUGGGCAAUUUUUCUCUCAGGUUAUGAUUACAAUAUCCAAUUCAAGCCCACUCAAGCACACAGCAAUGCUGAUGCAUUAUCACGUCUCCCCUUGCCAGUACAAGAUUCGUACGAAACGGCUGACAUUAAUGCUAUUCACACUUUCAAUGUGGCUCAAAUCGAAGCUCUUCCUGUAACAUCUCAGCAGGUGCAGACGGCUACCCGACGUGACCCAACCUUAAGCAAGGUGUUAAAGUAUGUCAAAUCAGGAUGGCCACAGAAAGUGACACCGGAUCUACAACCAUAUUUCAACCGCCGUCUUGAAAUUGGCAUCGAAAGUGGUUGCUUGAUGUGGGGAAUUCGCACAAUCAUUCCACAGAACCUGCAUGCAAAGACCCUUCGUGCUCUCCAUGAGAACCACCCUGGAAUGUCCCGAAUGAAGGCUAUUGCCCGCAGUUACGUGUGGUGGAGUGGACUCGAUAAAGACAUCGAAAACCAAGCAAAAGCGUGCCUAUCGUGCCAGGAACAAGCCUCUAAACCUGCAUUAGCACCACUCCAUCCUUGGGUUUGGCCAAACAGCCCAUGGAAAAGGAUCCAUAUUGACUACGCUGGUCCAUUCUUGAACAAAAUGUUUCUAGUGGUUGUAGACGCCCAUUCCAAGUGGCCAGAAGUGAUUCAGAUGUCUUCCACUACGUCUCAAAACACGAUCGAGGCACUGCAAGCACUAUUUGCUCGGUAUGGACUACCAGAACAGAUUGUUUCCGACAAUGGUGCACAAUUCACAUCCCAAGAAUUUAGCGAUUUUGUUCAAGCCAAUGGCAUAAGACACAUACGAAGUGCUCCAUACCAUCCCUCCACGAACGGCCAAGCUGAACGAUUUGUACAAACGUUCAAAAGAGCCAUGAAAGCUGGAGAGAGAGAAGGACUGAGUUUGAAAACAAGAUUGGCUCAGUUUUUACUGUCAUACCGCUCAACUCCACAUGCUACCACUAACGUCUCACCGAGUGAACUGUUCCUUCAAAGAAAAGUACGUACACGAUUCGAUCUCCUCAAACCAAACACAGAGGGAAACGUAUCUGACAAGCAGAUGAAACAGAAACAGCAACAUGACAAACAUGCUAAACCAAGGACGUUCUCUGUUGGUCAACAAGUAAUGCUCAAAGAUUUCGGUACAUGGCUUCCAGGAAGCAUUGUACAACAGACAGGACCAGUAUCUUACAAAGUGGAAAUUGAUGAUGGCAGGAUACUACGUCGACAUAUCGACCACAUACGUGAUAGAACUCAUUCUCUUUCCACCACCGAGUCGUCACAAGACGAUAUAACAAAUCCAAACGAUUUUGACGAUACGGCAGCUCACAAGGAUUUGCAAGAUUUUGAAGUUUCCCCUGAUCAGUCAACUGAUCCGUCUCCGACCCCACCUGAUGAGUCACCCUCGACUGGUGCAUUAACAGCUCGACAAUAUCCGCAAAGAAAUCGCAACAGGCCUGAUCGAUAUGGUGGGUACACUAACAUUUAACAGGGGAGGAAAUGUGGUAUCCUUACGACAUGGAACUAACAUUAAGAUAAAGACUUGUGAUUCCGUAAAUACUGUACUGUAAACCUGUGAUUCCGUAAAUACUGUGUUGUGUUAGUUCUAGUGGUUUCAUGUUCUUAUUUAGUCAUUUCUGUACUAUUGUUCUAGAAGGUUCUUUCUAGUAUUGUUUUUGUAUAAAUAGCCUGUGUAUUUUGUAUGUAUCAGAGUUCUGAUUUAAUGAAUUAUUGAAGUUA